GCAGAUUCUCAUACUCAGGCCGCGCCGUCUGAGUGUACUUCAGCGAGCGGAGACAUCCUCGCAGAGACAUCUCGUCUCCUGGGGAAAGCACGAGCAAUCGCGCGCUUUAGCUUGCAACGCCGCCGCAUUGUUCUCCUUCCAGAAGAGGCCGACAAAAUACACGAUCUUACAGCCAAACUUAGUGCGGCAGUCCAGUACAUCGAAAGCGAGAUUUCCGGACUGCAUGUCGAUGGCCAACUUCGCUCGCUCUCGACAAUUCGCAAGCGCCUACUCCGCCAGAUCGCGCUGCACCACUCGCUCGUCGCUCCCAUAUGGCGCCUACCUUCGGAGAUCCUUUCCUGCAUCUUCAUUCACCUCAAUGCGCUACAUGGAGACGACCCUCGAUGGGAUGCGCGCUCGGUGUUGAGGACGCUAGCGCAUGUGUGUUAUAUGUGGCGCGUUACUGCGUGCGCAACGCCCCAGCUGUGGUCGCGCUUUACCGUCUCGAUAGGCGGGAAGUCUGUCCUUCCUAACCAUGGCCUUCUUAGGCUCAGUGGAUCCGUCCCGCUGGUCAUCCACUACACCCCCGAUGUGCCUUCCGAGGGUACUCUACUGGUACUAUUCCAUCAGCUCAAACCGCACGCCGCGCACUGGGGUUCGAUCACGCUGUGCGGUUCCAGCGAGAUCUUCGCGAGCCAGCCUUGCGUCGAUCUUCCUGCCCUGGAGGAGGCGAGACUGGUCAUCGUUCAAGAUGAAGUGAACCACGAGACAUUCACCCUGACGCGCGACGGGAUGCUGGGAUUCCUGUUCGCCGCUCCUCGGCUGAAGCGCCUGGAGCUAUCAUCUGAGUUCAACCCGAUAUUCUACUACAACAGGGGGUGGACGGCCCUCAAUCUCCCAGUAUAUCCGCACUUGACGCACCUCAUGUUGAAGAUGCCGUACAUACACCUCAACAUGGGCGAGUUGGCGGGAUGGCUCGAGGCGUCCGGUGCCUCGCUCUCCUCUAUCAUCCUCGACGUGCAGCUCAAAGAAGGCGACAGCGCAUACGGACACGCUGCCGGGGCACUUCCGCCGAAUGUGCGCCCUGUCCAUCUCCCUCGACUGCGCUCGCUCAACCUCGGGGUCGAUAGCGCACGCUUCCUCGCGCACAUAAUUGCACCCUCUCCGGAAGAUCUUGCACUACACAUGUCCAGGCUCGUUUCCCAGAACCCCUUCAUCGCGCUCCUUGCGUUUGCCUCCCGGCCCGGCGCUUCGCUAUCCUCCCUGCGCACUUUGACGCUCAUGGGGUCCGGUGUCUGGAUGCAUAUCUCAUUUUGGAAGUGUGCCGAGUGCAUGGACGGCCUGCGUAAAUUGCACUUGCGAGGGAAGGCGUCGUGGCAGCCGAUCCUUAGCAAGGAGUUGCUGGCGAAGAUGACGUGCGACAGCGAGGCGUCUUCAUGUGGCACUGAGCCGUCCGACGCGAUGGCUGGGCUUACUCCGGCGGAAUCAAUGGCGAGGAGACCCCUCUUCCCUUUGCUAACGACGCUCAAAGUGGAGUUCGAAGACAAGCUUCCAACGCCGACCCUCCAAAACGCGCUCGACGACAUGGUAGCUUCGAGGAGCGAGGCACGUUCUGUGAACGGUUGGGUAGUCGCGAGACUUGCAAACGUAGAGGUGAAAACAGUGCAGAAGGUCUGAACUUUGUAGAGCAAUACGUUGUGGCUAUGUACGCACGCGUCACAGGGAGGUACCCGGCCCUUUCAUAUCGGUAGCAAAUGAGUAUCUAACACUAGUGCAAUAUCAUAGGUUCAGCC